AAAGUAGAAAACUACUUAAUACACGCAAAGAUGAGAACUCAAAUGUGGACCUAUAUUUUUGUGAUAUAUGUUAUUCUGCAGAGUCAAAGCUCUGCGUCUACUUGCGAAUGGCUUGGCCGAUACAGGAUAAUAACGACAGAAUCUCUGAACCUGCUCAAGAAUAUGGGUGGAAAAUAUGCAGAUCUGGAGACACCAUUUCCAAGCCGCUUGUACACCUUGAUGGACAAGUCAAAGGUGGAGGACCAGGUGAAGUUUUUAGUCCUGACAUUGGAUCACAUCAUCCACCUUAUGGAUGCCAGGGAGCACAUGAACUCGGUGAACUGGGACCAAAACACUGUUGAAGACUUUCUUAACAUACUGCACAGAAAAUCGUCUGACCUCAAAGAAUGUGUGGCAAGAUACGCAAAGCCAGCACACAAGGAGUCCUACGAGAUAAGAAUAAAAAGGCACUUCAGGACUUUGAAGAAGAUUCUAAAGAAAAAACAAUACAGUGCUGAAGCAUGGGAGCAGAUCCGGAGAGUUGUGAAAAGCCACCUUCAGAGGAUGGACAUCAUCGCAAGCAACGCAAGGGUCAAUCCUCGAGUGUAACAGAUGAUAUGAUCUGAUAUAAUGACCAAAAAAUAAAUAAAUUACAGCAAUCAUCAACGAAACGUUACAAAAAAAAAUGCCUUAUGAAAAAAAAA